AUGCCUGGGACGCCCCCACUCCUCCCUUUCGAAGUGUCUUCCGCGACCUACUUCCGUCCGGAAUGCAGCCAUCCUCAGCUGUUCCAGACUGAGUACAAGAGGAGUAAUCGCACGAAGGGUUUAAAAAUCCUCAGAUGCUUCCCGCACUGCUGCCCUGAGCACAUCGACCGCAGUUACUGCGGCACUUCUUUGAGUGUGCGCAUAGAGUUAUCGACCUGCCCAUCUGCUGCAUCGAAAGAGCCACCAAAGUGUGAGAACGUAGCCGUCUUUGCACGCUUCGAAGCUGUGAGCGACGUGAGCCUUCGACCCAGCGAGUGUGUCGAGGUCGACACGAUGGUGGCUGGGACGCAGUCCGAAGACAACUUGGAGGGUCAGUGGGUGGCUGGUACACGCGAUCGUCCGUCUGGACUAGUGACCACCCUUCGCGCUCCUGAGAUGCCAUCGGUCGACCAUAUCUCGCUCGUGUUCCACCUGAAUGGCAAACCGUUUUCACGCUGGUACUAUGACUGGGAGAGCGGUGCCAACAAGGCCCAGCGAUUGAUGAAACACGUCCUUAAGUCAUACAUCGUCGAGCAUUGUGCUGUUGAUGCGAACGACAAUUUCGUGAGCCUUACGAGUCAGCAAGCUUGCAAGCAACUGUAUCGAGUGCUUCACGUCGUGAAGUCACCAGAAUUCACCGUCAUUUCGUACCGUCGUGCACCUUCUGAUCCCUACCAGACAGCACUCUUGCCGUCACAUUCAAUGUCAGGGGAUGAUAUCCUAGCGUAUGAAGGCACACAACUUUCGUACGCUUCAGUGACUGUGAAGGUAGAGCCUUCGCUCACACGGGCAGAACAAGCAAUGCAAGAUCGGUCGUUGGAGCUUCCACAUGUACUUUCACCCUCGACGGAGGUACCUGGACGAAACAGUGAAGCCUUUGAUUUGGAGUACUCAAAUGUGGUCAUCAUGCCAGUGGCAAAAAAUCUUGCACUAGUGUACUCGUUCGCCCGUUGGUUGCCUGUGAGCGCGUACUGUCAGAUUUUUGACAAGUUUAUUGAAGUGGCCCAACACAGCGUUCAAGAAGCAUUUGUUGAAGCUACCGGGGAACUAUGCAAACUCGACAGCCUCAUACGGCUUCUAUAUGAACACGUCCAAAGUCAUAAAGAAGAUAUGCUGCGUUGGAUUCAGGAUUCGCAACAGUUUGAAACACUGUUAGUUGUGCUGGUGCAGACUAUGCAGUGGCUGAUUUCGAGAGAAACACGAACCUGGAUCCAGAAUUAUCUGCGUCAAAACGCCCAAUCUAUUCUAAACAAACGCACUUUGCGUGUAUGUUUCGCGAUCUUCAUUCAGAAACUGCAGGAUCGCUUAGACAAGGAAGUAUUUGCACACACAAAAUUGCGUAAUCUUGAAAAUGUUGCCGACGAAGUCAUCGCAGCAGUCUACUCGAACUCGUACUUCCGGUCUCAACGGCAUCAAGUGCGCCAGAUCCUGAGUGCACAAGAUGUAGUAGGCUGGGCCGCGUUCGUGGCACAGAUGCGGGAAAUGUACAUCAGCGUGUCAGCACCUGCUCGGGCACCACGCUCACUGGCGAAACGUAAAGAUCGUCGCAAAUGUGAUAGCUCGCACGGAUUACCGAAUUUCAUCGAGAUAAAUUGGAAUACCGAGUGGAUCCUGGAUGUGGAUGAGGUCUGUUGGCAGCCGAGCCAACAGGAUAUCAAGGCUGGCAAUGGUUGCUGUGGCAACAGUGAUACGUUCGCUAUACAUGGAAACAAUGACACCACCACCAACAAUGAUGAAGAUUUGCCGUCAGUAUUUACAAUCUUCCAGCUCAUUUCGCAGGUAUUGCGUCUGGAGGUAGUCUUGGACAUCCAAGCGAGCACGUUGCAUCUCCGAUCGACGCUGGGCGUAACAGGGCCACUUGAUUGCAUGCGCUUAGUUUUGGACGGUAAAGAACGUACAUUUUCGCAGUUCCCAAACGGUGUCGCAUCAGCUGUCAAUACAGGAGCAUAUGGAGACUACAUUGGCGAAAUGAGGGUUGAAGGAUCCAACCGACUCGUAACUUACCUGCAGUUGUUUACCUGGUCAUUGUCAGACAAUGACUCAUCUUACAAUGUUCGUAUGCGAAUCGAAUGUUGGCGCAGCUGUCGGCUCUGCAUUAGUGGCGACAUUUUAGCAACCAAUUUGCGUGGAACCCUUGCGGAUGCAGAAGUAGCAUUCUUCAGAGAAAUGCCGUUGUGGAGGAAGCAGGAGGCCGUGCAUAGAGCUCACGAAGCUAAUGGACUGAAACAGAAUUUAACCACAGGACCGUGGAAAGAGCUGGGGAAUUUCCGUUUGAGCUACAUGAAGCUUUAG